AUGGCGUCGACGCCGACGACGACGUCCGGACGACGCGACGUCCCGUCGGUGUACGAUCACGCCAUCGCGGGACAGAUCGCUGGCAUGGUCGGCCUCACGCUCGUGCACCCGCUGGACACGGUGAAAUCGAGACUCCAAACCGGGUGCGCGCUGGCGCAGACGCUGGACGGACGCCGACGCGGCGCGUACGGGGUGGCGGUGAAUUUAUUACGAAAAGACGGCGCGAAAGGGCUGUACAGAGGGAUCACGGCGCCGAUGAUGGCGUACGGGGCGAUCAACGCCGUGGCGUUCAGCGCCAACGCGGGCGCGAAGGAUUUCCUGCGAACGACGCUCGGCGCGGAGGCGGCGGCGAGCGCGCCGGCGGGCGCGUUGACGGGCGCGUUCGCGGGUUUAGUGUCAUCGUUCGUUCGUGGUCCAGCGGAGCGAUUAAAAACUGUGCAACAGGUGAUUGAUUGCGAUAGCGGAAGGUACAGAAGCGCGACGUCGACGGCGCUCACGUUGGUGAAGGAGCACGGCGUCGUCAGAGGACUUUUUACCGGAACGGGCGCCACGAUCGCUCGAGAAAUACCGCAGUGCGCCGUGUAUUUCCUCACGUACGACAAAGUCAAGAGCGCGUGCCUUCGUGCGCUCUGUGGAGACGCGGACGCGCACGACGCUCCGGCGGCGGCUCGCGCGGGGGCGAUUGUUCUCGCCGGCGGCUCAGCCGGCGCGUUCCAGUGGCUCUUGACGUAUCCUCUGGACGUCACGAAGAGCAGAAUUCAAGCCGCUCCACCGCACACAUACUCGGGUGUGAUCGAUUGCGCGGUGAAGUCGGUCGUGAAGGAGGGGCCGCUCGUUCUCUUCCGCGGCUUGAACAUGGCGCUCCUGCGAGCGUUUCCGCUCCACGCGAGCAUCUUCGCCUCGUGCGAAGCGGUGCACACGAUGCUCGCGCGCGCGCGCGGAAUCGAUCGGUCGAACUCGUGA